GGAUUUGCUUAUGAAGUCAUAUUUCGAAGUGAUUAAAGAGCAAAAAUAAGUUUAUGCUGUAAAUACAUACAAAUUAAAACAAUAAAAUUUUGAUUCGUUCGUCAUACAAAAGAAAGUUGUGAAAAGAAAAACAAGAAAUAGAUUUGAAUGAAAGUGAUUUGCCUGCGUCGUAGGUAAAUGUUGGUACUGCUUAUUGUGUGCUUUAUGAAGUUAAUUGAAAUGUACACGAACAACAAUAAAAUGGCACGUAACAAAAGUGCUCGAGACGCUAAAGAAAAUAAUUUUGAUUUCCAAAAUAAUAUGAAUAAGAAACUUGAAAUGUUUGAUGAAAUUGAGGAAUUUGGAUUGCAAAAUGAUUCCGGCCGCUGUUCGAUGAAUUAUUUCUACGAUAUUGAUCAGUCAUGUGUUGAUCAGUUGAAAGAAUUUCUUCACAAAAAGCCAGGAAUUAAUUCAUAUCGUGGCAUGACCGACUAUUCCACAAAUCAACCAGCAACAGUCAAGAAUAAAUUGAUUAAAACUGGAACAUUAACGCAUCAACCUAAUCAGCAGGCUGGUUUUAGGCCGAAACCGUCAUUGCUGAAGCAACCAUUGUCGUCAAUCAACACAAACUACAUCAACAACAACAAUAAUAACAAUUAUGAUCGUCCUCAGACAUUUAAUCGAACAAGGACAUUGUCAUCUCGUCAAAAAAAUGCUCGGAUCAAUAGUAAUGACUUCCAUCUAAAUUUAAACGAUCCACUUAGUGACGAUGCUCUUAAAAGCAACGUACAAAUUGUGUUAAGCAAUAUUCAGAAUGCACUUUUGAAUCAACAGGCAAAACAAGAUUUGACUUAUCAGGAUCGUUUUCAAUAUUUGAAUAUAUUUGGCGAGCAGAGUCCACCGUCAACUGACGGUGCAUUUAUCGUCAAUAAUCAGCGAAAUUUUCAUUGUCAAAAUUUAAGGAGAAUGUCGACAAGUCCAGCGGAUUGUGAUAAUACGAAUAAUAACAACAUGGGACCGGCAUCCAUGUUAGGAUGCUCGUUUGCAUCUGACUUCACACAUGACAACUCAGAUUAUCAAUGGUUUGUCGAUUACGGUUACCGAGAUGGAGUUCAACAUCAUAGCAUUCUUUCAUCGUUGUCAGCAAGCUACAAUGGCAUCGGUGAACUCUCAUAUUACGACGAUCUGGCGAAGAAUCUUGAUGCGAAUCUCGCUGAAGUUGACAUGGAGAACUUUCGUAGUGAAGACAUUCAUUCACUUCUUCAUAUUCAACAAGAUGAGCAAACAAAUCCCACCAGGAAACUAAUACUCAAAGAUCAAGCUGAGUUUGAUAAUUCAAUAUGUAAAUCAGAAAUUCUCUUCUCGCCCGUUAAAGAGUCGCACAUAAGUGUUGAUUCCUUGGAUAUGGAUGGAUAUGCUGAUGACAUUAUUCUAACAUGUCAAGCAAAUAAAAACAAUUACACGAUUGCUUUUGAAGGCAGUUGCAUGUAUUCGGAUGACAGCUAUUAUGAUAUCCCAGAAAAUGGUAAAUUGAAGCAUAAUAUAAUGAACAUGGACAAAAUGUUGAACAAUAAAAAGACAAACGACAAUGACAUGACACAAUCAGAUACUGGCUUCACAACAUGGAGUCAACUUAAGAAAAGCAGUGACUUUAAUCAUAUUCAAAGCAGUCAAUCGUCAAUUGAUUCAGCAAGCAAGCAUAAGACGAUGCUUCCAAUGUAUGCGAUUCCCAUCACGACAUCAGAUUCUGACAGUCCAGCACCGAAUGAUAAUUCGACAAGUAACAACGAGAAGGUUGCAAACGCGCCAUCGUUUAAUCUUGUCAAGUUGUUUAUCAAACAAAAAAGCAGCUCAUCAGACACAUGCAUGGAUGUUUCAUCCGGAUGUUGGCCAAGUGACUCAACAAACAGCUCUACUGAACAUCCUGGAAAUGGCUCGAAUUCAAGUCUCAAUCGAUUACGAAAGAAGAGUAUGAAUGAUUCGGGUAAAUGUUCGACACUUAGUCGUCAUGAAGAAGAUGCUGAAUAUCAGAUGGAUAGUCUUGAUGUUCAUGCCACUAAUGAAAGUGAGGAUGGAAGUGGUGAAAAGAAAACGAAUGAUUUUAAUCGUGAGAUUUUCGAUUCACCGACACAUCGAAGAAGUUAUAAAGAUGCUCAACUUAACAUCAGAAAUCAGAUAAAGAAUCCGUUAUUGUAUAAUGUUCUGAACAAUAACAAUACGAACAGCAGCAGUGGGGGAAGCAGAAGCUUCAAUUCUGAUGGCAGUCGAACAUCGGAAAAUCUCACGCAAAUCCUUAAAAACGAUGCCAUUGAAAAAAGCAAAAUUCCGACGACAAACACGACGAUACCAAUUGAUAUGAUCACAAAAUCAAUUCAAACAUCAACGAUGUUAAUGCCACAAAGUGAAACGAAAAAAUUACCUCAGAAUCAUGUGAAGAUGGUUCCACCAUCAUUCUUGUCACAGUUAAGUAAACUUGGUGAUCAACAACAAGCGCCAGUUUAUGUGAUUUAUCCGAACUACGCUCUUCCCGAUCUUGAGUUUAUCAAUCAUCAGCCAAUGAAGUUUCAAAAAGAUAUCAUCAUGUCGCCAUUAAGCUAUCAAGGUCAAAUGAAAAUGGCUCAAACAUUAAAUGUCCGUCAACAGAAAACAGUUCCACUUAAACGACGUCCACAAUCUUUGGAUAUUGAUAAACUUCAGGAAACGCAAUAUGGUCAUGUUCAAGAUUGGACGUCACUGCUUACACUCUUGCCAGGUGACUAUCGUAAACUUUUGAAGAAUGUUCCUGAAGUUAAUCGAAUUGCAUCAAUGGAAGCGUCAAUGUCAUCGCAAAAGCCGCUUUUCUGUAUGUCACCGCCAAUCAGAAGAAAUCUGGGAAUGACUUGUGACUGUCAUCAAUUGCUUCAGAAUCAAACGGCGAACAGUUCGAGUUCGGGUGGAAGUUCACAACCACCAAGUAGUGGAUAUCGUGGCUCGUCAACUAUGUUGACAGAUUCUGAAAUGGAAGUGAUAAUCAAUGGUGGAUCAGGCAGUGAUGUUAUGAAGAAUAUGUUUGUAUAUCAAUACGAGAAUGUUCCGGAAAUGACGGGACAUGAACAACGUCCACCAACUGGACGAAAAGGAAUCUUGAGAAGAACAAAUACAACUUCGAAUACUCCAACUCGAGUUUCAUCGGCAAAUGGUCAGAAACAGAAGCGUUACAGUAUGUUGGACCGACCUAAGAGUCCACAACAGCAGUUCACACCUUUGCCAGCUCAACAAACUCAACAGGAAAAGCGAAGAUCAUUGCAAGAACCAAACUUUUAUCAAAACGGAUUGGAAGAAUAUUUCAAUAAUAUUGGAGGACCGAAAAACUUUGCCAAUCGUCUCCCAAAUUAUAUGAAAGCUCGUGAUAAUCAGCUUGAUGCUGAGAAGGAUCUCAAUCAACUGAUGACGGAAUUAGAACUUAAUAAAGCUCUGUCGAAUAAGCUCAAUUAUGGGCAACAGAAUGGCACUGAUUUGGAUCUUCAAGAUAUUGAAGCAAGACUCAGAGCUGAAAGUUUCUUAAACUCAAUUCCUAAAUCAGAACUGAAGCAUUAUGCUGAAGUUGCAAAUAUCCUAGAAUGGCAUCAACAAGAGCCCCCAAUUGAGAGAACUAAACUAAGACAUGAAGUCAGCAAAGCUCUGUCGUCGAGAAAAGUUUCAUUCAAUCAUCCAUCGCCACAAAAGACGAUGAAGAAUCUUCAACCACCUGAUCAUGAUAAAAAGUUCACAACUCCGCCAAACUCACCACAAAUGUCGCAAAUGGUUAAUAAUUCUGGCGUGAAAGUGAUGGAUAAGAAGCAACAACAAAGGCUGGAGAAAGAGAAGCAAGACAAGAUUCAAAGUAAUCGAUUUAAAAGGCUGCAAAUUCAAUGGGAAUUAUUGAGCAAAGAUCAAGAAGAAAGAGCAUUGCUGGAAACGCAAAGUGGUGGAAAUACACCAACUGGCUUAUCAAAGAUUCAAUCUAAGAUUCCAAGACCUGUCAGUUAUCCAAACUCAAAAACAACACCUGAACUUCAGAUUGGAAAGCAACUGCGUUCGCCAAGUAAAAUGAUGGCACCGAAAAAGUACACAACAACUCCAACAAACCAAACCAUCACAUCACCCACAACUGGAAUCCCAAGAACGCCAAAUAAACAUCACACUACACCAAAGAAAACACUUCCAGUUAGAUCAGCGACACGCACACGUUAAAUGGAAUUGAGAAGAAAGAAACUAACAGCCAGACACUCUUCGUUUGUCUCGUUAAAUUAUUCACAUCGAGGGAAACAAAUGUUGUACCUUAAGUGAAUCAUUAUUUACUGAAUAAGACAGUUCUUAUUAUAUUCUCUAAAAAGUUAUAUGAGAAUACUGUCAGUUGUUCUUUCUUUUACAACAUAAGAAAAAAAAGUUUUAUAUUCAUUUUAUCGGUAAUGAAAGAAUAAUUGCAGUUUUAAUUGAAAAAUUGAGAAACUGUAAACUGAUGUUUUGAUUACUCAUUAGGCGUACUAACAUCAGAUGUUCAUAUUAUUUACAUAAAAAUAUGUUACGCUCAAAACGUUAACAUCGGCUCACGUCAACGUACUCAGAACCACAUCAGUCGUCUUCGUCAUAAAGUGAAUUGAAUUAAAUUGAUAUUUAGAUACAAAUUUAAGAAUUGAUAAAAUUCGCUUAAAGCUUCUUUUCUUCUUACUCAUAACAUAAUCAAAUAUAUGUUUGCGCCAUUAUUGUAAAAUUUUCUUUUGCUAUUUUUGAUAUAAGAAAAAUAUAAAAACAAAGCGCUUUGUUCAAUAUAAUAUUUAUGUAAAUAUUCUCUUGGUCCAUUUAUCCAGUAGUUGCACUUUAUAACUAACCGUUGACAGAUUGAAUGAAAACAUUAAAUAAUCAAAAAGAAAAAUUAUUAUAAUCAUCUUGUGACUUAACAUGUGAAAAAGUUUUUGUUUGAUUAUCUAACUUGUGUUGUUCUAUGACUAACAUCCCCAGGCUUUAUAUUGUUUAAGAAGUCUCAAAGGAUUACAUUUUAAUAACGAACGAACAUUCCCUGAAUUAAGGUUUUUAUAUUUAAAACGAAAAAAAGAUUUCAUACAUACAUAAAUCAUAAUUGACUGAAGAAAACUUUUUUGUUAACAUUAAGUUAGUAAAAAAUCAUUUCUGUGCUUGUCUCAAUCUUUUGACAAUCAUACUCAUCAUUUUCUUUCAUUAUUUUGUAACUUGCCAUGCUCUUAAGAAAUUCAUCGACCAAAAUAAAUAAAUAGAAACAAUUCCGAAUUCCUCGAACGACACGAUAAAGUGUGAUAACUUCACAGUAUCGACAAUGAAUGCAUUUCUCUUGAACUCUAAAUAACGUUAUCGAUAGAUUGUAAUCUUAUUAACUUGGCUUUGAUUUUUUUCUUUGUACAUUUAGUGCCAUAAAAAAAGUUUCGAAUGAAUAACAAAAAUAGAACAUCGGAAUGAUGAAUCUACGAAUUUUUUCUAAUUUAUUAAAUUUUCUUUUUAUUUUGCUCUAAGUUUAAUUGCAAAGAUCAUAAAAAAUUUAUAUCUACUCUCUAUCAACGUCUUAUUAAUUAAUCGUAAGCCCUGUAAAUAAUCUUCAAAUUAUUAUUUAAUAAUUGAAAAUCUAAACGAGUUUUUUCUAAUCCCAACAGGAAAAAUUCUUAUUCAUCGUCUUACUUAACUGUUCAUUAAAUUGCGCAAUUAACAAAGCAUGAAGAGAAUUUUUAUCUGAAUUAAAACCUUUUCGUAGUCAUGAUUUUCUAUUCACAACAAUUAAAUUCUAUUGAAAAAUAUUUUCUUUUCGCUUUUUCGCAAAGUAGUCAUAAAAAAUCAAAUGAAAAUUGUAAUAAAAAAAACAGAAAAAAAAUUAGUGGUAAGAAGACAUUUAUGCAAGCAUACAUAAAUUGAUAAAUUGAUUAUUGAAAGAAUAUUAAAGUUCUCAAAAGUAAGGAACAAGUAUUCAUUGUCUAUAUAAGAUUCCUUGAAUAUCCGUAGAAAAUGAGCGGAAGAAGGAUAAUAAAAAUAUUUCAAAGAAAAUAGAUAAA